AUGUUGAAAGAAAAGUGCAUAUGUUUGAUAUGUCAAAUAACAAUAUCCACAACAAAAAAAUGUAAUCUAGAAAGACAUUUUAGAACAACGCAUUCAAAAUUUGAUAUAGAUUUCCGUCCUAAAACUGAAGUACGUAAAAAGCAAUUAGAAAAAUUAAAACUUGAAACUGAUAAACAACAAUUGAUUUUUACUAAACCAGUUUUAAAAUCCAAAGCAGCAACAAUUGCUUCACUUCGAAUUAGUCAUGUUUUAGCUAAGAAUAAAAAAUCAUUUCGAACCGGUGAAAUAGUAAAACAAGCUUUUUUAGAAGGCACAGAUGCUUUAUUUGAAAACUUUAAAAAUAAAUCAGAAAUUUUAUCAGCUAUAAACGAUUUACAGUUAUAUCGUAAAACUGUGACUAGAAGAGUAGAAUCUAUAGGACAAAAUUUAGUUGAAAUAUUAAAACAAGACAUCAAGGAAUAUGUUUAUUUUUCUCUUCAAUUCGAUGAAUCAACAGACAUAACAGAUACCACUCAACUAUUUUGUAUUACGACUGAUGGGGCUCCAGCUAUGAUAGGUAAAAAUAAUGGUUUUAUUGCUUUGUGUAAGAAUGAUAAUAAUUUUCCAAAUGUUAUAACGUUCCAUUGUGUGAUACAUCAACAAGCAUUGUGUGGAAAAAUAUUGAAUACAAGUAGUAUAAUGGACAUUGCUUUUAAAAUAGCCAAUUCUAUACGUUCACGAAGCUUGCAAAGGCGACUUUUUAAAUUACAAUUAGAAGAAAACGAUUUUCAGCAUUGUGAUUUAUUACUGCAUACGGAUGUUAGAUGGUUGAGCAGUGAUACAUUUCUAGAAAGGUUUCAAUGUUUAUUUCCUGAAAUAAUAGAGUUUUCAAAAUCCAGAGGCGAUAAUUAUGAUUGUUUAACAAACAAUACAUGGCUUCAGAACUUAGCUUUUUUAACAGAUAUAACGGCUCAUUUAAACACUUUAAAUGUUGAACUUCAAGGAAAAGAUGGGACAAUAAUUGAGUUAUUGAGUUCUAUAAAUGGGUUUAAAUCAAAAUUGAUAUUACUCAAGUCACAAUUAAAUGAAUCUAAUUUGAAUAAUUUUCCAAACUUAAAAGAUUUUUUUGAAAAGCAAAAAUGUACAGUGGCAGUGGAAAUAUAUUGCUCUGAGGUUGAAAAAGUGUACAAUGAGUUUGAAAGACGAUUUAAAGAUAUUCAAAAAUUAGAGCCGAUUAUUACAUUUAUGUUUUUUCCUUUCUCCGAAACAAACAAUAUAUUCCUCAAAGCUCGAGGUUCUGAAACAAAUUUUUGGAAUUUACUGAGUGAAGAAAAAUAUCCGGGUUUCAGGAAUGUAGCUUUGCAGUUACAUAGUUAUUUUGGAUCUACAUAUUUGUGCGAAACAGAAUUUUCUCACAUGAAAAUGAUAAAAACAGAAUUUCGAUCUACGCUCUCUGAUGACCAUUUGGAGCAGUGUCUUCGAUUAGCAGUUAGCAACUAUUCGCCAGAUUACGACCAAUCGGCCAACGACAUGCAAUGUCACACUUCAACAAUGGCCAGAUCAACAAAAUAA